GCCUGGGAUGAGGGGCGGCGCUGUUCGCGUUACAAGCAUAAAGUCACCAGAGAAGAAGCCGAUGCUAAUCCCAGGUUAGCUUGUGGCUGUUAUCCAUCCGACCUGCUCGGCUAAUCAGCAGAGCCUCAGUUGUCCUCUAAUCGCUGAGGAAACGCCGUCCUCUGCUGCAGGUUACUUCCUGUUCUUCUCUGGGUUUCCAGACAUGUCAGCUGACACUAAGAUCGCCGAGCUGCUCACUGAGCUCCACCAGCUCAUGAAACAGACGCAGGAGGAGAGAUCACGCAGCGAACACAACCUGCUCAACAUCCAGAAGACGCAUGAGAGGAUGCAGACGGAGAACAAGACGUCUCCGUACUACCGCACCAAGCUGAGGGGUCUGUACACCACCGCCAAAGCAGACGCAGAGGCCGAGUGCAGCAUCCUGCGCCACUCUCUGGAUAAGAUCGCGGAGAUCAAGUCUCUGCUGGAGGAGCGGCGCAUCGCUGCCAAGAUGGCGGGCGUCUACAGCGACAGCGACCCCCCCAGGAAGACCAUGAGACGCGGCGUCCUGAUGACGCUGCUGCAGCAGUCGGCCAUGACGCUCCCACUGUGGAUCGGCAAACCCGGAGAGAGCCCUCCCCCGCUGUGCGGCGCCAUCCCGGCCAGCGGCGACUACGUAGCCAAGCAGGGCGACAAGGUGGCGGCGCGGGUGAAGGCGGUGGACGGAGACGAGCAGUGGAUCCUGGCUGAGGUGGUCAGCUACAACCACUCCACCAACAAGUACGAGGUGGACGACAUCGACGAAGAAGGCAAAGAGAGACACACGCUGAGCCGGCGGCGGAUCAUCCCUCUGCCUCAGUGGAAGGCCAACCCAGAGACCGACCCAGACGCGCUGUUCAGCAAGGACCAGCUGGUUCUGGCGCUGUACCCGCAGACCACCUGCUUCUACCGGGCGCUGAUCCACACGCCGCCACACAGGCCGCAGGACGAUUACUCUGUGCUGUUCGAGGACACGUCGUACGCCGACGGCUACUCGCCGCCGCUCAACGUGGCGCAGCGCUACGUGGUGGCCUGCAAGGAGAACAAGAAGAAGUGAGCGGGUGGACCCGCCGGAUGGAACCGCCUGCCGGACCCGCCGGAUGGUU